GUUCGCGCCCACAUCGAGGACGGGCGGAUCAUCAGCGGCCAGCUCUGGUGUUUUGACCAGCUGAGGAAUCUCAUCCUCCUGAGUGGCUUCGAGACACGCACGGACCAGGAUGGGCAGCAGCAGCAUCGGUCGUUGGGUCCACUUGUCAUGGUGCCUGGCAAGUACAUCCUGAAGCUGGAGGCAACAAAGGCAGCGUCUGAGGCGGCCGCCGCAGCUGCCGAAGCUGAGCAAGGAAAGGAGCUGCCAGAAGCGAACUGA